AUGUCUCCUCCGAAAUCCUCGUCGGGUAAACCCACAAAACCCCUGAUUCCAGGCGUUUUUGGCCCUCAUCCGCCGUCAAUUCUCUCGGCGGAGAAUAUAGCCGAGAUUAGGGGAUCCACUGGGAUUCCCUCGGAGAUCGAGAUUAGGUUCCCGGAGGUUCACGAGUCUCCGGAGAAUCCUCCCCCGGGGUACUGUUGCGCGUUCGAGAUAUUUUUCUCCGCGUGUGGUCUGUCGUUUCCCCUUCCCGAACUCAUCGUGAAGAUGAUGUUCGAACUGGGCUUUGCUCUCCCCCAGAUGUGCCCGAACUUUGUCCGAACCGUCAUGUGUCUUCAAACUCUGGGGGAAGAGUUUGACUACAAACUAUCCCUGGCCGACUUUCUUCAAGUGUACACGGUGAAGACAGGUCGCACCAAGGGCACGCUCUACGUAAGUCCGCUUUCCGGACUGAAGGUCUUCGACGACCUUCCUGAGAAAGAUGAGAAGUGGCGGAAGUCUUACUUUUUCUUCCCGGUCAACGAGCUCACUUUUGGCCACCUCGCAAAUUCACACAUAUCGAAGUGGACUUCGAAAAUUGACCACUUCGAGCGCGGGUUGCUUUGCCCUACUUUCGUGGAGUUUUUCUCGCGGUUCUGCAGCCAGGGUCAGAUCGCCUGGGACUCAUUUUCGUGUGAAAGGAUUAGAGAAUCCACAGCGCGGCUCAGGGGACGUUCUCUCGUUUGCUCCGACCCCAUAAGCACUUCGGAGAUGAAUUAUAGAGAGGAAAGGGCCUGCCGACUCGCCGAGAAGGAUGCGAAAUUGAACAUGGCGGCAGCGCUUGCCGAGGGCAAAGCUCGCCUCCCUAAGAAGUCUGGUCCCUCUUCCUCUGAGAGGACUUGUGAUGAGCCGCGAGAGGUAAUUACUCCCUCCGUCGAGGUCAGCUCCCAGCGGGCGGACUCGUCCAAAAAGAGGAAGGAACCUGAGACUUCCUCGCCUCUUCGCGAGAAGAGCCGAGCUCGGACUGGUUCGUCAGGAGACGAGCGAGUUCCCCCUGUAUCCCCAGCUGAUCUGAUGAGGAGUUACACUCGGCCAGGAGUUCGGGUUCCGGCGUUUGCAGACAUGUCCGAACUCAACCGUGCGAACUUCUUCCGCUUCGCGGACAAGAUUGGCGAGCUAAUGAUCGAGUUCAACUCCUCGGUAGCGUCUUACGAAGAUCAGCUGUUUGCCUCUCCUUCCUCUUCCGAAGUGAGCCAUCUCCGGGAAAAGAUUGCUGACCUGGAAGCCCAGGUGAAGGAGUACGCCAGAGUAGAGGCCAAGAACGCUGCUACCGUGGAGAAAGCCGAACAAAUCCGGGCUCGGAUGAAGAGAGCCGAGGUACAGGUGCUCGACCUCGGAAUUGCCAACGAAGACCUCCGAGACAAGCUAAAGAAGGCGGGAGACCUCUACUACGAGGCCGCGGAGGAUGUGAAGGCGGCAAGGAGUAGGUUGCACGAGGUCGAGCUCCGCAACCAGUUGCUCGAAGCUAGAAAUAGCUGCGAGAUUGAAAGGGUGCGGAGAGAAGAAAGGCAGGCAAUGAGACAAACUCUCCGUCCAUUAGUCGAGGAGGUGAAAGUCACUUUCGAAGAGAGGAAGAAACUGGCCCCAGCCAAGAUUCGAGCCGCCGAGAUCAGGGCUAACCGGAUGCUGAUCGAGGAGAUCUCGAGGGGAGAAAUCCAAGACAUGGAAGCUGAGCUCGGGCUCCUGAAAGCCGACGAGGAGGAGGCCGACGAAAAGGUUUCGAAGGUAACUCUCCGUGACCUCGACCUCUCUGGAUUUUCAGACCUUUUGGCGGAUACGCCCGAUCUUUUAUGCAGCGAACACCCUUUGAGCAUUACAAUCGACGAGUCCGGCACUAAUCUCGGGCAAAUGUCGAAUCAGGGGAUGGACGACUUUCUAGCGAACACCAAGUCGGUAGAGGAGCUUGAAGAGAUGGGACUGGCCCUUUCCGAAGCGGCAUCGGACCCCGCUCCCCAUACUCAGUAG